UUCCCUUUCAUUUCUUUUUUCACGGUAAACGCAGAAGUAAGAUUGUGAAAUCUGUGAUUGUGAGAAUGGAAUUCUUAGACGAAGACGCGAAACCGAAGUUCUUGUUUCAAUCCGGUGCACACGCGGUCACUGAAUCACAGCCUUACGAGAAACCAACGAAACCGUUUCUCUUCGUAACCGUUUCACUCUCUUCACUCUUCUUCGCUCUCGCUUUCUUCGUCUUCCAAUCCGAACCUUUCAAAUCGAUUCUCUUAUGGUUCUCCCUCUCUCUCCUCAUCGGUCCUUUCGCACCUAUUUCGAUCACCGGCGGAGAUUUCCGCGUCGGCCGUGGUCACGUCGUCAAUUUCCCCGAUCAAGAGACAUCAACUGCCGACAGGAUUCCGCAGCGCCGAUCCAAGCCGCGUAGAUCGGAGGAAUCAUCCGCCGUUGUUGUACCGGCAAAAUUAGUUUCUAACGGAGGUGCAUCUGAGAAUCGCAGAGGAAAUGGAAACGGAAACGGAGUGGCAUUGGCGGCGGCCGCGGUGGAGGAGGAGAAGGAGAAGGAAUGGAAUGAAGAUGACAUUGAGAUUCUGAAGAAGCAGAUGGUGAAACAUCCCGUGGGGAAACCGGGAAGGUGGGAGGCGAUAGCGGGAGCGUUUAACGGGAGGCACAAGACGGAGAGCGUGAUAAAGAAGUCGAAGGAGUUAGGGGAGAAGAAGGUUGAUGAUUCGGAUUCGUAUGAACAGUUUCUGAAGAAGAGAAAAGCUGUGGAUAAGAGAGUUAUUGAAGAAGGUGAAUUGGCGAAUGUUGAGAAAGUUGAAAGUAGUUGGAGUUCCGGUGAAGACAUUGCUUUGUUGAAUGCUUUGAAAGCGUUUCCGAAAGAUGCUGCAAUGAGAUGGGAGAAAGUUGCUGCUGCUGUUCCGGGAAAAUCAAAAGCAGCUUGUAUGAAAAGAAUUACUGAAUUGAAGAAAGGGUUUCGAAAUGCAAAAUCUCCAUCCGAUGUGUAGAUUCGAAAUUUCACAAGAUUUGUUAUCUUGGUAUAUGGAUUGAUGAACACGUAACUCGUGCGGAUAUUUUUUUUAUUCUUAGUUAUUUGAGUUAUGAAUUGUUUUGAUUAGUCAUACUUUGCUUGUUCUUUUUGGAUUAGAUAGCUUUAUUUGUCAUUAUUAAGUUAACAUGUGAAAUCUAUUUGUGUAACUUCAUUGAAUAAAUAGAAUGAACAAGAUGUAUUCAGAAUAUUUUUUAUUGUGAAAAUAUAUGUUUACUUGAUCCAGAAUUCCAGACA